GUAGUAAAUAUUUUGGUGUAUAAUCUGAGCCCUUGGCCUGUGACUCUGGAUUCGAUGAUGACGAUAAUAUAUACAGAGAACUGUCCCUAGAUACUGUGACACUUUGGAGCUUCUGAUUCAUGUACCGAGAGGAACUUCCACCUUUACCUCGUCUGCCCACGUUCUCGUUAUUUUGACGCUGUUGACUUGCGCACUGAAAAGGUAAUUCCACCUUCACCUCGCUUCUGUUCACGCUAGGAUUGCUUUGCCCAACGUAUCCCUCAACUAUUUCCUCCUUCAGUUGCUUAAGAGUCCACUCGACCGCUACUUACAUUCCUCAAACACUCCAUCAAGGUGGCUAAGAUAGAUAUGCCUCAGUCAAAGCCACCAACGCUCGGUACGGCUGUUACCAAGGACGUCGUCGUUAUCGAAGUUGGGCCGGAGCGGAAAAAGUAUUACCUUCACAAAGCUCUACUUGUCCACCACUCGGAUUACUUCCGCAAGGCGCUUGAAGGACCAUGGACGGAGGCACAGGAAGGAGUAAUCAAGCUUGAAGACAUUGAGCCGGCCGUAGUAAAUUGGUUUGUCCAUUGGCUGUACACUGGCACGCUGCCUGGGUACCGUGACUUCAAAGAGGAGAACCGCAUCUUUGAUAGCCCUAUAGAAGGACAUAUGGCUAAGCUUAAGUCGUACGCCUUCGCAGAAAGAUUCCUCGUUCCUGAAUUCCGCAAGGCCGUCAACGAAAACCUCGUGGAUGACAUUAGCAAAGAGGGUUACUACAUCGAAGUGCACCAGAUGUUAGAGUUGGUCCAAGAAGCAUUUACGACCAUUCCCUUGGAUCGACCAAUCUUACAGCUUCUUGUCGACGUACACUGUUCAUUGUGGACACAGUGCUGUGAGGAUGAUACAAUAUCGGUGAACAAACUCCCUCGUGCGUUCCUUGUCCGCGCUAUGAGGACACUCCAUGAGGAACUGAGGUGGGAGAGGGAGAGUGCCGACGAGAAGAAAGUCUAUUGCUACUACGAGCACGCUUCGGAUGAGGAACAAAAGGCGUGUCCGAAUCAGCACAUGAAGUACGACGCAGAGAGAGAUUUCGGAUUCUUCGAGGAGCGGGUUACCUGCUACAAUUGCUCAGGGUACGAGGAUUCCAAUAGCGAGGACUGA